GACCUGACUCCCCUGGGCCCCACCUGCCUCCCCGGGGCUUCAACCCAGACGAGGGCUGAGCCUGGAGCUCAGGGACGCCGCAUGUCAAGCGAUUGUCCCGUGGUGCUGCGGCCGGAGGGCGCUCACGCUUGGGCGCUUGUUCGUUGCUGCUUGUUUGUAAGCUGGGGCUUCCCUAGGGAAAAGAGAGUGACAAAACUGGGGUAAACAACUGAAAAUGUCAUCCUAUUUGGCUCAGGAGGCUCACCUUGCUAGAAGACAUGAAGAGAUACUGUCUCAGAGAUCAGAGCUGCUACAGCAGAUGGAGACUUAUCUAGGAGACAAAAAGACUAAAAAGACAUGGCAAACUCAAGCAGCUGAUGCAGCUCAUAAAAGGAAUGCAGCACUUUUAAAUGAUAUACAAGCAGCAGAAAAAAAGCUGCAAGAAAGAGUGUAUUCACUUCCACAUCCCGAUACUGUUAAGUUAGAAACUCUCUAUUGGGCAUCAGUAAAAGAAUCUCUUCCCAAGUGGGAACAGUUUCUUUUAGGAAGAGCCGAAGUUCCUAUUGGUUUUAAGAAUACGAAAACUACAAGACAGAACAUAAGCUACCCAGAAGAAGAUUCACAAAAAUGAACACUCUAGUUUAAUUUUGUUUUGCAGUUUAUGGCUUGAGCAGACAAGGUCAGCCAGAUCAGCCAACAGAAUAUCACACCAUUAAAUUGUAAUGUAAAUCAUGCAGAUGAAAAUGCAGAUGAAAACUGUACUGGAUUAUUUGCUUCCAUUGUCACAUGAUGUACAAAUCUUUAUAUUUGUGCUGUAGUAGAGAAACAGUCCUCAAAGGGACUUCUAGGAUCAAAAGUGAGCAAAACUGGUGUAUAGAAACCAAAGCAAUUGCUUUUUCAGUAUGAGAAGAGUUGUAGAUUAUUUUUAAUCUUCUGCUUCUACCUGUAAGUGCAAGAAGUAAAGACACAUUGGUGCAUUAUCUUUCUUCGCUGCAGUCAUCUGUGCUGUGUGUGUCUUUGUGGCUGGGGGAGAAAGGAGGAAUUCACCAGUAAUGGGAAAGACAGGCUGUUGGCAUCAGGCAGAGCAGCUUUGGUUGAGCACCAGAAAUCAGUGUAAAAGCCUUCAUGAGAGCAGUUGUAGAAAGAACACACUGAAUUUCUGCAUCUUCCUCUCCCUGAUUUUUGUCAUUGCCACUUUCAUUUCUCCUACACCUCAGCCCAGUAGCCACUGCUGCUUUUCCCAGCCUCCUGCUGCCUACUUUAUAUUUCCUGUCUAAUGGGUGAGUAAAGACAAGAAAAAGUGAACAAAUCUCUAGGUUUUGGUUUUUUUUCUAGACUGCUCUUAAUGCUGUUUUCUUUAUGUUGACAUAAUCUACAAGUGAGACCUUUUGCUUAGGCAUGAAAAGUUUGAAAGAAGCAAGCUGAAAGGUGGCUGGCAGUGCAUGCCCAAGAAGAACCCACCAUAUAUAGAAGCAGAGGAAAUUAUAUCUUCAUUUUCAGUCACUGAAUAGCUCCUCAGCUUCCUCCUACAGAGGUGCAGUUUCAGUGGGCUAACUCGGCAUGAAAAUUUCACUGCUCUAGUGCAGUGCUUCUUAAAGUGUCAGUUCAGUGAAGGAUCCUUCCAGGUAUGUGACUUGGCCUGCAAAAAUUUCAUCCUCCCUAAGCAAAGGAAGCCUAGGAAAAAAUUAUUAUAUUUUUUUUUUUUAAAUUUUAAGAGCCUGGACUUGAGUCAAUAUAUUGCUAGAAUUUAAUGCCAUAUGCAACAACACACUUCCACCUCCAACAUGAAAAUAGGAGGAAAGAAUUUUAGCUCUGCCAGUGUCUGAGCAUAUGAAAAUUACAAAUUUUGCUCAGCUACUAGUGAACUGAUCUAUGCAUCUCCAUGCUACAGAGAUUUUAUUGUUAAUAGUAGGGAUAUUUUAAUGGCUUUUAUUGAAGCUGAGGUACUUAUUAGCAACAUUUCUCACAAAUAGCCUGACUGCUUUGGAUCUGUACACUAAAAAUCCUGUGUUCUUUUAGUUAAUUAAAUAUAGGUAAGUUAUUCACUGAUUAGCUGGUGGUGGGGACGUCAUGGUCCAGUCAGAACUAGAGAACUAACUUCCAAAUGAAAGCUCUAGUGACUCUGGGUAGUCUUUAAUGAUCAACACCUGCAGACACUGUUCUCUGUGAAAUUAGGCACCCGGUUUUGUCUGAAUUUAAAUUAGCUAAAGAAUCACUGACACAGUAAAAUCAAAACAUCAGCUGCAUUAUAAAACUGUAUGUUUUGAAAAGGAAUAUUAGGAGUUCAUUUAAAACUUUUUCUAUUGAAGUGUCCAUUAAACUGAUAAGUUUUUACAGAAACUGCCAUCUUAGAAAUAUCCUGUUGAGUGGGUGUUGGUGUUUGUAACAAUAACGUUGUUUUCAUAAUAUGUGAUGGCAGAUUAGCACACUUCUCUGCAGUGUUGUUAACAGUUGUAAUUAAGGAAUAAACAGUAAAGGGUGUCAGUCCGAUGACAAUUUCAUCUAUAGUGUCACAAUACAAAAUGUCACAAAAUAUUAGAACUGUUAUAUAACUACAAAAAUAUCAAAUUAGGCUUUCAUCUUACAAGCAGAGAGCUUAAAAAAAAACCAUCAAACAACAACAAAAAACUGGCAUAGAUACCAUUGCCAUUUUAUACCUACACAGUGUUCUGUCACAAAGACAAGUUGGUAAUAUUUUCUUCUGUAAGAUCACAGUCUGGGUCUCAAUCUGAUUUAGUGGGAAUGUGUGUGGUUCUUAGAAUUGUAGAACUCAAAUUUAGAAAGCAAAUAUUUGGAACCAGUUGAGCAGACAAGGAGGGAAAAGCUAUUACACAUGAUGCCCAAAAUAAAAGGAUGGGUGAGCACUUAGUUGCUAACAAAGACUAGGAUUCAUCCUUGUCUUUGCAUCCAAAGGGAAAUCACUUAACUAAAAUCUGGGCCCCUAAGUACUUUAUAGGUAUGAAUAAUCUGCGUCUUUAUCUCUUUGGACUCCUCCUAAACACUGGGACACAAUGCAGAUGCUCACUAUCUCCUUGUCCCUUUUGAUUUCUCAUGGAAGGAAAGCAAAGUGUGUGGACUAUCAGGGCAUGGCAGCUGGAUGGGCAAGGAUUGUGCUGUGAAAGGCACCUGCAGGCAGUGUUAGUGUAGUUUUUGUGCUGCAGUUAACUGCUCAGGUACUGUGAUUCUGAUUAUUUUGUUGUUACUGGGCAAAGAGAUUAAGAUUAAAGUGAAAUUAUCCUAUUUUCAAAGAAGGAUAUUCCUUUUUUUUUUUAUGCAACAUAUCUUUAGAAGCAGUAGGACAAGUAGUGCCUGGAAAACUACAAGGGAACAUGUCCAGAAAAUUAUAAAAUUAAGAGAAACAUUUAAAGCAGGCAUAUGUAUAGGUGACUGCUCUUAGAGACAAGAGCCUUCCUGCUGGUCUGUGGUCUGAUAUAAAGAAAUGCAGUUGUAUCUAAGUGAAGCAGCCCAGCAGCAGGGGCAGGGAGGCACCCAGCAGGGCCAGCCAGGUACAGGAGAGAGCACUUCCUGCCUUGGCACAGACCUCGGGGCAAGCACUGGCAGGGAACAUAAUUACAUGGUAUCUCCUGGUAGAGUUGUUGAAUGCACAGUUUGAUUUACUAUGGCUGAACUAGCUUGCCACUUGCCUUUCUAGAAAUAAAAAAUGGAGAAAGCAAACAUUAAUUCAACUUAACUGUUUAAAAAAAUAUAAUCAACCAAAACGAUGGUUUAAUGGUUUAAUGUUGGCUUUAAAUGAGAUCUUGAGUGGGUGUUCUUUACCAAGUCAAGGCUGUUACUUCAAACAUAUCCAUUCUAUGCAGUUAUAUCCCAUCUUCUCCCCAGUUUUCAUAUAUAUAAAAAUUGAAAAUAUUUAUUAUAUAUGUUACAUUAUAUAUCUCUCUCUCUCAUAUAAGUCCUACCCAUCUUGGGUAAAUGUUUUUUUCCCUCAGAACAUAACCUGUUACUCUGCAUUCUUGACUUGCUGCUUGCUUUUUUUGUGUUAAAAUGUAUGUAUACAUAAGCUGCAACGGUCCUGAGAGCCUCUUGCUUCUUGUGCCUUUCUGGUGGGUGAGGAGAAGCAAUUGAGAGAAGAGCAGUAAGGAAAACCAAAGGUUUUGCCUGUUUGUAAGUUAAUCUUUGAGUAUCUUUCAAGAAGAAAUAAUCAUCCUUUUUUAGGUUUAUGCACAGUAACCACAGUACUAAGCCAGGAGCACAUCCUGUUCACCCAUCUUCUUACCUCUACCACCACAUUCCUGAGCUUUUUACUUUCUCAGUUAUUCUGGCUGUGGGGGCAGUAGCAGAAGGCGUGUUAGUUUCCCCUAGGAUGAGAAAUUUCUUACUCCACAAAAUCUUUCUCAAGCCUAUGAAUUUCAUUUGAGAGUAUAUAUGAAAUAAUGAGAGGUCAGACCUGUGAUAUUUGGCACUAACUAUGGGAUCCUCUCAAUGGUAUUUAUUCAUUCAGGGUCUUGGUUUCAUAGACAUUGGGAGCUAGAUUUUAGGCUGGGCUUAGAAUUCUUCCUUCCUGUCUUUUUCAUUCACAUAGAGCAGGUCAAGGAUGUAGAUGCUCAGUUUGAGCUUGUUGGUACUGAAAAACAGGAAAACCAAAUUUGAAAUGGAAUGUACUUGAUGAGGUUACAUCUGAAAGAAAACAUUAUUCACUCCAUAAUGGUAAUUUUCAUAAUAUUUUAAUAAUUGUGUUCAGAUAUAACUUGACCUUAAAUAUCACCCCAAAUGCAAGCUGUUUUAACAUAUUUGUAAUGCUAAAGUCUUCAUUACUGUGAUACUCUGUUUGCUCAAGGAUUAUAAUCCAUGGAUAAUGUGUAGCAGUUGGAAUAAAGCUUUGAUCCUGUA